GAACGAAUGUAGCAUUUGAAGCCUGCAAGUCGGUAGCACACGAAUUAUUUUCCGAGUCAAGUAAUUCAUUCAUCGUCAUGGGUUUAAUCAGUUGGCUGAAAGGUCUUGAAUUAUGGGCCAAAAUUCUCUUGGGCGUUCUCACAGUCGGCGUUGUCGUUACGGUAAUUACUGUGCCGAUUGUCGUAACAUCUAACAAUACAACUGCUGCCACAGAACCGACCACAAUUACUACAACUCCGAUCACAACAGUAUCUACUGGAACAUCUACUGAUGUAACCAGCACUACCAAGGAGCCAGCCACAACAACCACAACUACACCAGCAACCCCAACUCCUACCCCAACUCCAACCCCAACCCCAACUCCAACCCCAACUCCAACCCCAACCCCAACCUCAACUCCUACCCCAACACCGACCCCAACUCCAACCCCAACACCGACCCCAACUCCAACCCCAACUCCAACCCCAACCUCAAUUCCUACCUCGACCCCUUCCCCGUCAACCUCGGAGACAACCGAUGCACCCACCGACACAUCAACAGAGGCAUCGACAGAGGCAUCAACAGAGGCAUCAACAGAGGCAUCAACUGAGGUAUCAACAGAGGCAUCAACAGAGGCAUCAACAGAGGCAUCAACAGAGGCAUCAACAGAGGCAUCAACAGAGGCAUCAACAGAGGCAUCAACAGAGGCAUCAACUGAGGUAUCAACAGAGGCAUCAACAGAGGCAUCAACUGAGGCAUCAACUGAGGCAUCAACUGAGGCAUCAACUGAGGUAUCAACAGAGGUAUCAACUGAGGUAUCAACAGUGGUACCAAUCAACGAUCUGGAAAACAGCGAAAUGUUAUGGAAAGCUCUAUGGACUGCCAAAAAGACAAAUAGGAGUGCAUUGGAAAUAGGUCCAUCAGGUUUUCUACAAAAGGAGUUUGGACGUUCGAGAUAAAUUCUGGCGCCAACCAAUUGGUAAAUAGUAAAUAGGACCGUUUGUGAAAUAAUAAGUUUGAUUUUACCAGAUUUUACAAACAAAGCUGGUGUCAACUCAUUUUGUCAGCAUUUAUCAUUUUUCUUGUCCAUAUAGUUGAUUGGGGUUCAAACGAUAAUUAUGCGUCUCUAUUCUAUUUCAUGUUUGCCAGCUUAAUAGGAUUCAAUAAAAGUUUUAA